GCAUUUUUCAGAGAAUAAAUUAGCCAUCUUUUCGUUAAGGCGACCCAGAAUUCACGUGCCAGAGGUAACAGAGUUUGUUUUGAAAAGAAUUAGUAGCAUAUGGUCUCAAUAUCAUCAUUGUUAUAGCAUUAUGGUUGUUUUAUACUAAUUCUUUUGUCUUUUGGGUGGGUUUUGUCCUGUUUCUAUACGCUAUGAUUCUGCGUGAAUGGAUAAAGGAAAGGUUUUUGAGUGAGGAACUUGAAAUGGGUAUGUGGUGGCUCGGUGGGUUCUUGAUUUCUGUGGCGUUGACGGCAGUUGCGGUCAACGGGUACCCGCAGGAGGAUCUGGUGGUGAGCUUGCCUGGUCAGCCUAAAGUUUGGUUCAGGCAGUUUGCAGGGUAUGUUGAUGUUGAUGAAAAAGCAGGAAGGAGCUUGUUUUACUACUUUGUUGAGGCUGAGAAGGACCCUGACACCAAACCCCUCGCUCUCUGGCUCAAUGGAGGACCAGGUUGUUCCUCCGUUGGUGGAGGUGCUUUUACAGAAUUGGGUCCAUUUUAUCCCACGGGUGAUGGUAGAGCACUUCGAAGAAAUUCAAUGUCAUGGAAUAGAGCGUCAAAUCUCCUCUUUGUUGAGUCCCCUGUUGGAGUAGGAUGGUCAUACUCGAAUACAACUUUAGAUUACAGACGUGGUGAUGCUUCCACUGCCAUGGAUAUGCAUGUAUUCAUGUUAAAAUGGUAUGAGAAGUUCCCGGAGUUGAAGUCUAGAGAAUUGUUCCUCACUGGAGAGAGUUAUGCAGGGCAUUACAUACCACAGUUGGCUGAUCUUCUACUGGACCAUAAUGCGCAUUCAACUGGCUUUAAGUUCAACCUUAAAGGCGUUGCUAUUGGGAACCCACUUCUCAAAUUCAAUCAGGAUAUUCCAUCAUCUUAUCAAUUCUUCUGGUCACAUGGGAUGAUUUCCGAUGAAAUUGGCCUUACCAUCAUGGAUGAAUGUGAUUUUGGUGAUUAUACUGAUGAGAGCCCCCAUAACGUAUCCCAUUCAUGUAAUGAUGCUUUGGCUGAAGCAAGUAGCAUUGUUAGUGAAUACAUAGACCCUUACGAUGUUAUACUUGAUGUUUGUUAUCCAUCUAUUGUAGAGCAAGAGCUGCGAUUGCGGAAGAUGGCUACUAAAAUAAGUCUUGGAGUUGAUGUGUGUAUGAGUUAUGAAAGGGCUUUCUACUUCAACCUCCCUGAGGUUCAGAAGGCUCUCCAUGCAAAUCGGACAAACUUACCUUAUAGCUGGUCUAUGUGCAGUGAUGUUUUAAAUUACAGAGACUCUGAUGUAAACAUUAACAUCAUUCCUGUGCUCAAAAAGAUUGCUCAACAUCAUAUUCCAGUUUGGGUGUUCAGCGGCGAUCAAGAUUCUGUCAUUCCACUACUUAGCUCCCGAACACUAGUCCGUGAACUGGCUCAAGAUCUAAACUUCAAGAUAACAGUCCCAUAUGGAGCAUGGUUUCACAAAGGACAGGUGGCUGGCUGGGCUACUGAAUAUGGAAAUUUACUGACUUUUGCCACAGUGAGGGCUGCUUCUCAUAUGGUUCCAUAUGCACAGCCAUCACGAGCCCUGCAUCUAUUCAGUUCGUUUGUGCAUGGCCGGAGAUUACCUAAUAACACCCGUCCUUCUAUUGAUGAUUGAGAAGUACUCCACAUGUCAGCAUAGUGUGAAAGAUUUCCAUUUUUUUUUUUUUUGAAAAUCUCAAAAAUUUGCAUUUCCAAAAAGCAAUAAAAAGACUUGCAGAAUAAUACACGAGGGAAAAAUAGAAGCAUUUGGAUUGUUCAGUUGCAUGGAAAUGUUUUUAGGACUUCAAUUCAUUGAUAACAGUGCUUUAAUUGUUGAAAUGGAUUUAGCCUAAUUGAAUGAAUUCGAUUUCUACUUUGUAUUGUGAGAAUAUUUUAUGAUUUGUAGUAGGCGUACAUUAAUGCAUUCAGCUGAACUGCAUGAUACUUUAGUCAAGCACCAGAUGACUCAACUCAUCUGCCCAUCCUUUUGUUGCCUUUGCCUUUAUAAAAAGCUGGCAGUUUG